AGAUGGUUACCCAUCUUCCCACGCAACGUUGUAUAGAAGCUCAUCUGAUCUGAGCUUCAAACUCCUAAUCCUACUCGAUGUCUCCAUCUUAAUAAACACCAAAUCCGAAGCACAACUUUCCAACAAAGCCAAAUCCUGUAGACUCACGAUGCUCGCAUAGAGAAUAAAUAGAUAAUAUAAUAUCGCAAAAUCGAAGCGAAAACUCGAAUGCUCAAUGGGGAACAAGAUCGCGCGAACGACGCAAGUCUCGGCGACGGAGUAUUACCUGCACGACCUGCCGUCUUCGUACAAUUUGGUGCUGAAGGAGGUACUCGGCCGGGGCCGAUUCUUCAAGUCGAUCCUGUGUAAGCACGACGAAGGGCUCGUCCUCGUUAAGGUCUACUUCAAACGAGGCGAUUCCAUCGAUCUCCGUGAGUACGAGCGCCGUCUAGUUCACAUCAAAGAAAUAUUCCGGUCACUUGACCACCCCCAUGUUUGGCCCUUCCAGUUUUGGCAAGAAACAGAUAAGGCAGCAUAUUUAUUAAGGCAAUAUUUUUUCAACAAUUUGCAUGAUCGAUUAAGUACUCGGCCGUUUUUGAGUCUCGUUGAAAAGAAGUGGUUGGCGUUUCAGUUGCUUCUUGCAGCGAAGCAGUGCCAUGAGAAGGGGAUAUGCCAUGGUGAUAUUAAGUGUGAGAAUGUGUUGGUUACCUCGUGGAACUGGGUUUAUCUAGCUGAUUUUGCCUCAUUCAAGCCUACAUAUAUUCCUUAUGAUGACCCUUCGGAUUUCUCCUUUUUCUUUGACACUGGAGGAAGAAGGCUGUGUUAUCUUGCACCGGAGAGAUUUUAUGAGCAUGGAGGUGAAAUGCAAGUUGCCCAAGAUGCUCCUUUGAAGCCAUCUAUGGACAUCUUUGCUAUUGGAUGUGUUAUUGGGGAGGUUUUCCUUGAGGGCCAGCCACUGUUUGAACUUUCCCAGCUUCUUGCAUAUCGCAGAGGGCAAUAUGAUCCUAGUCAACAUCUUGAAAAGAUCCCAGAUAUUGGAGUACGAAAGAUGAUACUUCAUAUGAUCCAGCUUGAACCAGAGUCUCGCCUCUCUGCUGAAAGUUAUCUACAGAAUUAUGUAGCUGCUGUAUUUCCUGGCUACUUCUCACCAUUUCUGCAUGGUUUUUAUUGUUGCUGGAAUCCUCUUCAUUCUGAUAUGAGGAUUGCAAUGUGCCAGAGGGUUUUCCCCGAGAUAUUGAAGCAAAUGAUGAGCAAGAGGUCAAAUGAUGAGAUGGGAGGGGGUCUUGGCAAAUUGCAUACCUUAAGUGGUAAACAGUCGCAAGAUAUUGUUUCAAAACAACAGUCACAAGAGAUCGUUACAAAACAAAAGUUGAGCUCAACAAAUCACUUGUUGACAAAAAGAGAAAAGAUGGAUAAUGGUUCUGUUGGGGAUCGGUUCAAGCUUCUUGGCAACAUCGAUACCCUACUUGGAGAUGUUGAACAGAGCAAUCAUUACCUUGGGGAGAAUCCAACAGAAGGAGAUACAUCCAAAAGUGCACUUUCCCAAGAUUUUAAACAAAAUGGCAUUGAAUCUCACUUCCUUCAUCAAAAUAUUUCUGAUUUGUUUAGGAAAAAUGAUCACCCUUUUCUGAAAAAGAUUACAAUGGAUGAUUUAAACUCAUUGAUGUCUGACUAUGACAGUCAAUCAGACACCUUCGGAAUGCCUUUUCUACCAUUACCCGAAGAUAGUAUGAAAUGUGAAGGGAUGGUUUUAAUUGCCUCUUUGCUUUGCUCCUGCAUACGUAAUGUUAAGUUACCUCAUUUGAGGAGAGGGGCGAUACUUUUGCUGAAGACCUCUUCAUUAUACAUUGAUGAUGAAGAUCGCUUGCAGCGAGUACUUCCAUAUGUAAUUGCAAUGCUUUCUGACCCAGCGGCAAUUGUGCGGUGUGCUGCCCUUGAGACUUUAUGUGACAUUCUACCCUUAGUUCGAGAUUUUCCUCCUAGUGAUGCAAAAAUUUUCCCAGAGUACAUCCUUCCAAUGCUUUCCAUGCUUCCUGAUGAUCCAGAGGAAAGUGUGAGAAUUUGUUAUGCAAGCAAUAUAGCUAAGCUGGCUCUAACAGCUUAUGGAUUCUUGAUACAUUCAAUAAGGCUUAGCGAGGCUGGAGUUCUUAAUGAAUUGAAUUUGUCUCCGAAGUCUUUAGCAUCAUCUGGUGAGUCAUCUGGGCGCAUUCAGAGGUCAAAUAGUGAUGCACAGCUAGGCCAAUUAAGGAAGUCCAUUGCAGAGGUAGUUCAGGAGCUUGUAAUGGGUCAAAAGCAAACUCCAAACAUUAGAAGAGCUCUCCUUCAGGACAUUGGCAACUUAUGCUGCUUUUUUGGCCAGAGACAGAGUAAUGAUUUUUUGUUGCCCAUACUCCCAGCCUUUUUGAAUGAUAGAGAUGAGCAGCUAAGGGCAGUGUUUUAUGGGCAAAUUGUGUUUGUCUGCUUCUUUGUGGGCCAACGAAGUGUGGAGGAAUAUCUUUUACCUUAUAUUGAGCAGGCUUUAGGUGAUGCAAUAGAGGCCGUUAUAGUUAAUGCACUGGAUUGUUUGGCUGUUCUGUGCAAAAAUGGUUUCUUACAGAAAAGAAUAUUGCUUGAAAUGAUAGAACGUUCCUUUCCAUUGUUAUGUUUUCCUAGUCAAUGGGUAAGGAGGUCGGUUGUCACUUUCCUUUCAUCUAGUAGUGAGUGCUUGGGUGCUGUAGAUUCUUUCGUUUUCCUUGCUCCAGUAAUACAACCUUUCCUACGUCGACAACCUGCAUCUCUGGACUCCAAAAAAGCUCUUCUUUCUUGUUUGAAGCCACCUGUCUCAAGGGAAGUAUUUUAUGAAGUCUUAGAAAAUGCUAGGAGUUCAGACAUGUUGGAGAGACAGAGAAAAAUAUGGUACAAUUCAUCAGUGCAAUCGAAACAAUGGGAAAUUGCUGAUUUACUGAAGAGAGGGGCUGGGGAAUUAGACUCAAUGAAGUAUUGGUCUGAGAAACAACAGUCUAUUGGAGGUCAUAGACCCAUUGAUAGUGCAUUGCAGCAAUCUGGGCUAACAGAAGAUGAUGACGAUACCAAGCUGAGAGUUCUGGGGGGUCAUAUACGAAAUGCUUCUAGUGUAAUUGACAUGCGUGAUCCAUUAUGCUCAGAGAAGCUAAAGUUUUCAGGUUUAACAUCUCCGCAGCUCAAUGGUUUAAACAGUUUCAUGUGUGAUAAGUCUUCAGAAGGUAUACCUUUGUACUCUUUUAGCAUGGACAAGCGAGCAAUGGUAGCUCCUCCAGCAGCUUCUGAUACUCCUUUGCCUUGUAUAGAUCCAGUUAGUAAAUCAUUUACCAUGUCUAGUUCAGUUCCAGCACCUAAGCUUGUUUCAGGCUCCUUUGGUAUCACUGGUGGUUCUAAACAAUUUUACAGAGUUGUACAUGAACCAGAAAGUCGUGAAAAUGAUCAAAUAGCCUAUGUUAAUAGUAAAUUUCAAGACAUGGGAUUAUCUGGUACAGUAAAAGGAACUUCUGUUCCAAUGGAAGAUGCUUCUGCUUCAACUGAUUUCACAGGACUACCCUCAUUUGCUCGGUCUUCAUCAAUUCCAGAUUCAGGUUGGAGGCCGCGUGGGGUGUUGGUUGCACACCUGCAGGAGCACCGAUCUGCUGUCAAUGAUAUUGCAGUUUCAAAUGAUCACAGUUUCUUUGUGAGUGCAUCUGAUGAUUCCACUGUCAAAGUGUGGGAUUCAAGAAAGUUGGAGAAGGAUAUAUCGUUUAGGUCAAGGCUAACUUAUCACUUGGAAGGAAGCCGAGCACUAUGCACUGCAAUGCUCCAAAAUUCUGCUCAAGUUGUUGUUGGAGCAUGCGAUGGGACAAUCCAUAUGUUUUCUGUUGAUCACAUCUCUAGAGGUCUUGGAAAUGUUGUUGAAAAGUAUUCAGGUAUCGCUGAUAUAAAAAAGAAGGAUGUGAAAGAAGGUGCAAUACUUACCCUUUUCAACUACCCUGUGGAUAACUGUGGCAUUCAGACAUUUAUGUACAGCACCCAAAAUUGUGGUAUUCAUCUUUGGGAUACGAGAUCAAGUUCAAAUGCAUGGACAUUAAAAGCAGUUCUGGAGGAAGGUUACAUAUCGUGUCUGGUUGCAGGCCCUUGCGGGAAUUGGUUUGUUUCAGGGUCUUCUAGGGGUGUGCUUACCCUUUGGGAUUUAAGGUUCUGUAUUCCUGUGAACUCAUGGCAGUAUUCUCUUGUAUGCCCUGUAGAAAAGAUGUGUCUCUUUGUUCCUCCUUCAAGUGUCUCAGUUUCUACAACUGCAAGGCCGCUUAUUUAUGUGGCUGCUGGCUGCAAUGAAGUUUCACUUUGGAAUGCAGAGAAUGGGAGCUGCCACCAGGUAUUUAGGGCUGCAAAUUAUGACACUGAAGCAGAAAUGUCUGAUUUACCAUGGGCCUUGGCAAAGCCAUCCACUAAAAGAAGCUCUAAAUCUGAUCCAAGGAGGAAUGCAAAUCCAAAGUAUCGAGUGGAUGAACUAAAUGAACCCCCACCACGUCUUCCGGGUAUCCGUGCAUUACUUCCUCUACCUGGUGGUGAUCUAUUGACUGGAGGCACUGACUUAAGGAUUCGCCGCUGGGACCAUUGCAGCCCUGAUAGAAGUUACUGUAUCUGUGGCCCAAAUUUUAAGGGAGUUGGAAAUGAUGAUUUCUAUGAAGCAAGAUCAAGUUUUGGGGCACAAGUUGUACAGGAAACUAAGAGACGACCUCUAACAAUGAAGUUGACAGCAAAAGCAGUUAUUGCUGCUGCUGCUACUGAUUCUGCUGGAUGCCACCACGAUUCCGUCCUCUCUUUGGCUUCUGUGAAAUUGAACCAAAGACACUUGAUAUCAAGCAGUAGAGAUGGGGCUAUUAAGGUUUGGAAGUGAAUAACCCAAAAGCUUGAGUGCUUUAAUAUACAUAUUUAGUUACAGAAAUAGUAAUUGUACAUGGUGAAAUUGUGCAUUCAGAUUCAGAUCUUAAAUUCUGCAGCCUAACCAUUUACCUCCUUUGGUUCGUAGUUUUGUACAGUUAGUACGCUUGUAAGUUUAUGUGGGAUUUUUCUUAUUUAUUAUUAAUACAAUCCCUUAUUUAUCAA